AUGUCGCGCUUUGAAACCAAGCGAAAGCCGAAACAGAUUGCGUCGUUCGCGUGUAAGAACUGUCGGCAACGCAAGCGUCGCUGCACGCGCGAAAAACCCUUGUGCGCGCGCUGUGGCCGGCUGGGCGUCUCUUGCGUCUACGAGUUGCCUCCGAAACAUCUCAUCAAGUCCGAAACCACGUCGCUCGCGUCGCCACUGCUGGUACCUGCUGCGGCGGAAGCUUCUGCAGUCGAGGCUCCUUCGGUUUCCGCGUCUUUCAGCCGUGUCCCGCCAGAGCUCAUACAGACGAGUCUGGAGCUUCAAUUGGCGUCUGUGGAACCCCCCGUCACCACCGGACGGCCCAUGCACUUCAUGCGGCCCACGCAUCCGUUGCGUUGGCAUUUCACCACCACGCUUGACCUCGAUUCCCACGUCCAGCGCGACCCGUUCCAGCUCGAGUUCAUCACGUCCGCGAUCGCGUGCGGACCUCAGCUUGCUCGCAGGCAUCCGUCCACCUCCGACGUCGGACGUCUGUGGUUCAGUCUCGCCGUGGAGAAUAUAGAUCUUUUCAGGCACGUGCUUUCGCAGGCGUACCGGGCACCGCCGUCGACACCCUGGGCCCCGCGACGACCCUUUGAGUCCCCACAUCUGCUCUCACCGGGCGCACCCGCAGACGAACCUUGGAAACAGCUCGCCCAAGAGAUUGCCAGUAUUUUACCACCAGUGCAUGCCAUCGAGCUCCUGAAGGUUCAAUUCUACCAACACGUUUACACCAUUUGUCCCUGGCUGAACAUUCCUGCAUUUGAACACUGCAUAAAGGACUUGAUAAUAUCCGAAUUCAACGGUCGCCCUCUCAUUAACCUGGGCACCGAAAAUCACACCUCCAAAAUGACCAACUUGGCGAUCCUCCUGCUGGUGCUCCGUAUGGGCUACAUGUGUCUGUAUCACUACAACAAGAACGCUGAGCAGAACGCUGCCACCAAGGGCUGGACUUCCAGUUUGCUACGAGAAAAUCGCGUUCCCCGCGACGUGAUAAUUCUCGUCAAACGCUGUCUACAAAGCCUGGAAAUUUAUGAAAAACCUACUCCAGACAUUCUGUGCUGCAUGAUCUAUUUGCGUACACUUCUUCCGCUCGAGGACUCGGACAUCUGGACUCUGAUGGGCACGAAAAACGCUUCCUUGAUCGAAGCGAUUUCGUACCUGGCUUCCGAAAUGCAAUUGGAAUCUAACACUCUGUCCGAUGAUCCCACUGUUUCCGUUCAAGACCGUCUUUACCGCAGGAAACUCUGGUUGGCCGUUUGUUCUGAGAAUUUGCACGAGUAUACUCUUUGCGGUGGCGUACCGUACGUCAAAGCAGAGCAACUUCACCUGUUUUGCGAUCAUUAUAAGGUCUUUGACGACUACAGGGCAAUAUCUAUGGGGAAUUUGGAAUCCGACGAUCAAAUCGAAUUAGAUUACCACGUCCUUUUACUAAAGAAUCAUCAAUUUUUGGAGAUAUGUUGUGGGUUGGAAGAGGAAAAUGUGAGUGCUGAAGAGUUUUUGAUAAACAAGACUCGGGAGAACGAUAUACUGAUACAGUUUUAUAAGGACGCAUUCCAGGAUAACAAUUUUCUUGACUCCAAACAUGAGGACCGCGAUCUUGUACAAUGCCUGAGGUGCAGUUCGGGCAAAGUGCCCAUCCGCAUCGGCAGAGUACAAUACUUGGCCCAGUUCAAGACCAAAUUGUUCUUUCUUUUGAAACGACUUUCCAACUCAUCUCUUCUCAUGUUUUAUUAUGAAAAGAUGUGUUUAUUUUCUGAGAGUUUGGACAGUUUCACAGAAUUCAAACGCUAUCUGCUGGAGUCGACAAGCUUAAUCUUGACUAUCAUCGACAACUUGAAAAGUUACUCACUCGGUGAAUUGUCUGAAUUGCUUCUUCCGGCAAUGAAAUACAUCAUGGCUAACACCAUUUCUCCUUUUUGUGAUCGCGCAAUGAUGGUUUUGCAUGGAAUCAUUCUGAGAUUCGCACAUCUUCAAGAGUAUCUCCUUACCCAGGGCGAUUCAGAUUGUCUCACCGUUAUGCAAGAGAUCAUGACCAGAUUCUCUUUAAUUUUGAAUACAGCACAGGAAUCCAUGUCGCAAGAAUACUUACCCCCGACUGCGUUACUGCGGAACGGUCACUUUCUCAGAUUGCAUGAGGUCGGUCAAUUACUCGACUCUGUUCACGAAUACGCAUCUUUGAGUGAGAAUUUUAUGACAAAACACCAAGACGUGAUUAAAAUAUGUGUUCCAGGUUAUCUGGAGUACUACAGCGUUGCUAUCAAGCAAGUGGAUUUAGACUUUUUAAAUCAGUACUUGGAGACGCUUAAAAUUGAUAGAGAGAACAUAUGA